AUCCGAGUCUCCCAAGGCAAAGAGCCUGUUCACCUGCUGAGUUUGUUCAAAGACAAACCGCUCAUUAUUUACAAGAAUGGAACAUCAAAGAAAGGAGGUCAGGCACCUGCUCCCCCUACACGUCUCUUUCAAGUCCGGAGAAACCUGGCAUCUAUCACCAGAAUUGUAGAGGUUGAUGUUGAUGCAAAUUUACUGAAUUCUAACGAUGCUUUUUUCCUGAAACUGCCACAAAAUAGUGGCUACAUCUGGAUAGGAAAAGGUGCUAGCCAGGAGGAGGAGAAGGGAGCAGAGUAUGUAGCAGGUGUCCUCAAGUGCAAAACCUCAAGGAUCCAAGAAGGCAAGGAACCAGAGGAGUUCUGGAAUUCCCUUGGAGGGAAAAAAGACUACCAGACCUCACCACUACUAGAAAUCCAGGCUGAAGAUCAUCCACCUCGGCUUUACGGCUGCUCUAACAAAACUGGAAGAUUCAUUAUUGAGGAAGUUCCAGGAGAGUUCACCCAGGAUGAUUUAGCAGAAGAUGAUGUCAUGUUACUAGAUGCUUGGGAACAGAUAUUUAUUUGGAUUGGCAAAGAUGCUAAUGAAGUUGAGAAAAAAGAAUCUCUGAAGUCUGCAAAAAUGUACCUUGAGACAGACCCUUCUGGAAGAGACAAGAGGACACCAAUUGUCAUCAUAAAGCAGGGCCAUGAGCCACCCACGUUCACAGGCUGGUUCCUGGGCUGGGAUUCCAGCAGGUGGUAAAUCCGGUGUUUGUAAAAACCAAACAAACAUUACAAGCCAGUUAUCCCAUUGGUGUUUUGGUAGAGGAAAAGAAAAAGCUUUUUUAUUUGUCUUUUGAAAAUUAAGGCCAGGGUGGUGGCUCACGCCUGUAAUCUCAGCACUUUG